UUAACCAGCGACGUGGCGUCAGCACCCACCCUCCUGGCCCCAAUCCCAAUUCCCAAACCCCACUCCACCCCACCACACCCCUUUCAUUUCAGGCAACGCUAGCAGGCAAGGCAAGGCAGGGCAGGGCAGGGCAGGGCAUAGGGCAUUGAUCGGUCGGGCUCGUAUUCUAGUACUUCUUAUCUUCUCAGGCGCCUCCAGCUCGCCCCCUCGCCAACGGAAUCUGUUAGUUGAUUGAGUUGAAGAGUGUCUUCAUGUUCAACGUAUUUUGUGUCACGUAAAGUAGGCGGAUCGGAGUUCUGUGUUGAGCUUAGUGCCGGUGUUGAUUUGGGUGUAGAGAGUGUGGAGUUGGUAAUCGGUCUUCCUUGAUUACCCCUAAUUGCCGGGACAGCCGGUGUUUAUUCUGGCUGAAGAAUGAGCAGGUUCUAGGGUUCUUCGAGUCGGCGUUGACCGUUGGGUCAGGUUUUCCUUCCUUCCGGUGACUAUUGUCGUUUGAAUUUACCUGAGGUUGCUGGGGAGAAUUAGCGAAUUUUAGGGUUUUGAUUCGAUAGGGAUGAUGUCCGUCGAGCGAUCGUUUGAAGCGUGGGAGGAGGUGCAGCGGCACGGGCUGGAUUUAGCCGAUAAGCUCGCGCAGGGUUUCACAGGUUUGAUUCAAUCUCACAUUACUCCGCCAUCGUUCCCAUGGCCAUCCCCUCCCACCCCGAAGCUCUUUGAGGUUGAGUUCCCGGCACAGAAUUUCAUCAAGAGCGACUUCGUACUCUCUGUGGAUCAUUCCGCAAUCAAUGGCGUGACCGCUAUAUUGGAUAUCGGGAAUAGAAUUGGGCAGGCGGGGGCUGAUUUCGGUGCGUGUUUGAAUGGUAUGGUUCAGCAAUUUUUUAGAAGGCUGCCCGGGCCUUUCCGUCAUGAUGAGAAUGUGGGGACAACUCAGGGUGUUGUGGGUCAGGGUUCGAUACCAAGUUUAGGUGUCGUGCUGCAGGAGGAUUUGGGAUCAUUGGCGGAGCAGUUCAAGGAUUAUGGGUUCUCUAAGAGUAGUACUCUGGUUGGAGAGAAUUUAACUGAGGAUGAGACUUUUGAUGGCGGUGCAAAAGCAUUGAAGCAUUUGGGUGGUUCGGAGGGUAUGAUCAAUCUAACAUCAAGCUAUGACAGUAGAACAAGAAGUGUGGGAAGUUCUCUGGUUGCCAGGGGAGAUUUAUGGAGAGUAGAGGCAUCACAAGGGAGCUCUACAUCAGGGAAUGAGUCCUCUCCUCUUUUCCUUGUCCAGCUUGGGCCUGUACUUUUUGUUCGGGAUUCCACACUUCUCUUGCCUGUGCAUUUGUCAAAGCAGCACCUGCUGUGGUAUGGAUAUGAUAGGAAGAAUGGUAUGCAUUCUCUUUGCCCGGCUGUGUGGUCAAAGCAUAGAAGUUGGCUGUUAAUGUCAAUGAUCUGCCUCAACCCUUUGGCCUGUUCUUUCAUGGAUGUGCAAUUUCCAAAUGGUCAGGUAACCUAUGUAUCAGGUGAGGGUUUAUCCACUAGUGCAUUUCUGCCCUUCCGUGGGGGUUUACUACAAGCACAAGGUCAAUAUCCAGGAGAAAUGAAGUUCAGUUUCUCUUGCAAGUACAAGUGGGGUACACGCAUAACACCAACAUUCCAGUGGCCGGAUAAAUCAUUUGCGCUGGGCUUGGAGCAGGCAUUAGCAUGGAAGAGAUCUGGUCUCAUGGUGAGGCCAACAAUCCAGUUCAGUCUAUGUCCGACAUUUGGGGGAAGCUGCCCUGGUUUGCGAAUGGAACUUACUCAUUCUCUGAAGGACGAAUUGAGUCUUAUCUGUGGCUGUGCCUUUGUUACCCAUCCGUCAGCAUAUGCAUCUGUUUCUGUGGGAAGGUCCAAGUGGAAUGGAAAUGUGGGGAAAGCUGGAGUAGUUGUAAAAGUGGAAACUCCCCUGGACAACUACGGCAGGCCUUCCUUCUCAGUCCAGUUGAACAGUGGUUUUACAUUCUAAAACCGUAGCUGUUCUGUUUUGUGGAGUGGAUAUGGCCUCGGCUGUGGAGCUGUAAAUACCCCUCUCUGUCACUUCUUUUAAUGUCCUUGUGUAGUAGUAGUAGUAGUUGUAAGUAUUGUGAACGGGACAAAUCUCAUGUAAGAGCUUGUUAGUCCUUUGUGAAUCUCACGCUAUACACUGUUGUUGUAUGGACUGGGUUGACGAUAAAUCUAGUGUCAGCUGUACAGACUGAUGAGCCUAUAUGGUCGGUCGGUAAAUCAGUGUGACUUCGACUUCGACUGUAAUUGAGAUAUUACCGCCUCAGUGUUUGCUUAUUACUUUGUGGUUUUGUUGCCCUGUC